AAAAUGGAAUUUCAAGCGGUAAUCAUGGCAGUUGGAGGAGGAUCUCGGAUGACAGAUCUGACUUCCAGCAUUCCCAAACCUCUGCUGCCAGUUGGGAACAAACCUUUAAUUUGGUACCCAUUGAACCUGCUUGAGCGUGUUGGAUUUGAAGAAGUCAUUGUGGUUACAACCAAGGAUGUCCAAAAGGCUUUGUGUGCAGAAUUCAAGAUGAAAAUGAAGACAGAUAUUGUGUGUAUUCCUGAUGAGACUGACAAGGGAACUGCAGAUUCUCUGCGCCACAUAUAUCCAAAACUUAAGACAGAUGUCCUAGUCCUCAGUUGUGAUCUCAUAACAGAUGUUGCCUUACAUGAAGUUGUGGACCUAUUCAGAGCUCAUGAUGCAUCACUUGCUAUGUUAAUGAGAAAAGGCCAGAAUGGCACAGAACCAGUUCCAGGUCAAAAAGGAAAGAAAAAAGCAGUGGAGCAACGUGACUUCAUUGGAGUGGACAGCACAGAAAAGAGGCUGCUCUUCAUGGCUAAUGAAGCAGACUUGGAUGAAGAGCUGGUCAUUAAGGGAUCCAUCCUGCAAAAGCACCCUAGAAUACGUUUCCACACAGGCCUUGUGGAUGCCCACCUCUACUGCCUGAAAAAAUAUGUUGUUGAUUUCCUAAUGGAAAAUAGGUCAAUCACUUCUAUCCGGAGUGAACUGAUUCCAUAUUUGGUGAGAAAACAGUUCUCCUCAGCUUCCGCACAACAAAGGCAAGAAGAAAAAGAGGAAGAUCUAAAGAAAAAAGAACAGAAGUCCUUAGAUAUUUACAGUUUUAUAAAAGAAGCCAAUACACCAACCUUUGCUUCAUAUAAUGUCUGCUGGAAUGCCUGUCGAGGAGACAGAUGGGAAGAUUUGUCCAGGUCACAGGUGCGCUGCUAUGUCCACAUCAUGAAAGAGGGCCUCUGCUCCCGAGUGAGCACCCUGGGACACUACAUGGAAGCAAACAGACAGGUACCCAAAUUUCUCUCUGUUAUUUGUCCAGAAGAAUCACUGAUCCAUUCAUCAGCCCAGAUUGUCAACAAACACUUGGUUGGAGUUGACAGCCUCAUUGGAUCAGAUACACAGAUCGGAGGGAAGUCAUCCAUUGAACAAUCAGUCAUCGGUUCAUCCUGUGUCAUAGGAGACAAAGUGUCUAUCACCAGUUGCCUUCUCAUGAACUCAGUCACCGUGGAACAAGGCCAAACGAGUGAAUGAAGUGAUCGUGGGGAGUGACCAGCUUAUGGAGAUCUGAGUUCUGAGGAAGUUGUAUGCCUUCUCUUGGCCCCCAAAACUACAGAUGUUGGCUGGCUCACCUGUUUGACUCUGUAUUUAUUUCCCAAUAAAGAGAGCUUGCCAAAGGCAUGGUGGAGACUUGUGGAGCAGUACUGAGCUCCAAAUCAUGUGGACUCCAGAGAUACACGUGUGUGCUCAUGGAUCCACCUGGAGAAGUGUGUGGAACAGAAUAGGACACAAUAGAACAGCCCAUCUCUUCAGUCCCAAGAUUAUUGGGCUGGAGCAGUAGGUGUCCAAUGGGUAAGCUCUUGAGAGGAAACUUGCUGACUAACUGGCACAGCCAAGUCCAUAAAGUAUCCUUUACUAAAAAGACCUAGGAGUACUACUGCCCCUGACCCUAAUCAGGCUUUCUGGAUCCAUAAACCUAGCUGCUGGCA